AUGAAUCGUCCAUCUCGUACAGACGAACCCUACGAGGGGGAGGGCUACAACCAGAGCCCGAAUGAUCUGUCCAAUGACUUGACCACCAACCAAGACCUCAACGGCAUCGUCAACGCCAGGGCCCUAGAGCCAGGGGAGGAUGGCAAGGGCCUAUCGCUGGCGGGGGAAUCCGGGACGGGCGACGGGGAUAUAUCGCGGUCCUAUGACGAUGUGGAUUGGGGCAAAGGCGGCUCCGGCCCCGCGGCUGCGGCCGCGACGACCAAGUCUAAUGGACUUGGUCUACCCGAGGGAGAGGAGGUCCCCGCGACCCCUCUCCCUAACCUUCACUCACGUCAACUUCCCCCUGAUGAUGGAGGAGACACGCCCAAGAUUCAUGAGGCCUUGUACGUUCGGUUGAAGAAGGCCAUUGUGAAGUUUGGCUCGUUUAUCGGGCCCGGGUUCAUGAUUGCUGUUGCGUAUAUCGACCCCGGAAAUUAUUCAACAGACGUCGCUGCAGGAGCAAGCUACCGUUUCAGGUUGCUCUUUGUCGUACUCUUGUCCAACCUCUUUGCCAUCUUCCUCCAGAGCCUCUGUAUCAAGCUUGGUACCGUCACGGGACUCAACCUGGCUGAAGCAUGUCGGGCCUUCUUGCCGCGAUGGAUGAACUACGUCCUCUACGUAUUCGCAGAGGUUGCCAUCAUCGCAACAGAUAUUGCCGAGGUGAUUGGCUUCGCGAUUGGUCUGAACCUGCUUGCGCCGGCCAUACCUCUCGUUGCAGGAUGCGCAAUCUCCAUCUUGGACGUCAUGAUCAUUCUCAUCUUUUACCGGCCCCACGGAUCUAUGAGAGGCCUGCGAAUCUUUGAGUACUUCAUCAUCGGCCUGGUGCUGGCCGUGGUCGUCUGCUUCUGCAUCCAGCUCUCCCUCAUCAAGGAUACGCCGAUUGGGGAAGUCUUUCAGGGGUAUCUGCCAUCGCGUGCCGUUGUCGAGUCUCAAGGUUUAUACCAAGCCUGCGGGAUCCUGGGCGCAACAGUCAUGCCGCACAGCCUCUACCUCGGCUCUGGCAUCGUCCAAGCCCGCCUCCGAGAAUACGAUACAAAACACAACCUCCUACCCCCCGAAAUGGAUGAAGUCGACCUCAACGGCGAUAGCAUUGAUAAAGGCUACUACGUGCCCUCCGCCAAAGCAAUCAAACACUCCCUCAAAACCUCGACCGCCGAGCUGAGCAUCUCCCUCUUCACCUUCGCCCUCUUCGUCAACUCCGCCAUCCUCAUCGUCGCGGGCGUCUCCCUGUACGGGAAUCCCGAAGCACCGGACGCCGACAUCUUUAGCAUCCACCAACUCCUCACGGACUCCAUCUCCAAGGCGGCGGGCACCAUCUUUGCUCUCGCGCUGCUUCUCUCUGGCGUCUCGGCGGGUAUCGUGUGUACCAUUGCUGGGCAGAUGGUCAGCGAGGGCGCACUGAACUGGAAAGUCCGUCCUUGGCUACGACGCCUGGCGACGCGGAGUAUCAGCGUUACGCCGAGCAUUGUUAUUGCCGGCGCUGUUGGGCGAAAGGGCGUCAGCGAAGCAUUGAAUGCUUCGCAGGUCGUGCUUAGUGUCGUUUUGCCGUUUGUUACUGCGCCAUUGAUUUACUUCACUUGCAGAGACAAGUUCAUGACGGUCCGGGAUGGACCGGGCGGCAGCGCCCGAUUCAGGGUCGGUAGUGCAGGGACUGACGAGGAAGAGUCCACAGCAAUCCCUACGGACGGUACCGUCAAGAUGGCAAAUUCGUGGUACACUGCUGGCUUUGCGGUCUUGGUUUGGGUUAUCAUGGCCGCGAUGAACGUGGCUAACUUGGUUCUGCUUGGCAAGGGUGAGUAA